CGCACAGGUUGAUGACGUCACUCAGUCAUGGGAGGAAUAAGAGAUUAGUGGCUCUUGCCUUUGCUGCAGCAAUUGGCAUCACUCUUCUAGUGUUGGGAUGUGCACUACCAGAAUACAACAACUGGUGGCCUAUGUUUGUAUUAAUGUUCUAUGCAUUAAGUCCACUUCCCACAGUGGUAGCCAGAAGAUACGCAGAUAGCCUUGAAAGCAGCAGCGCCUUUGUAGAAAUGUGUAUCUUCUUAACUACGGGAAUAGUAGUUUCAGCUUUUGGAUUACCAAUUAUCCUAGCACAUACAAGCAUUAUCCAGUGGGCAGCAUGUGGACUUGUGAUGUCUGGAAAUGCAGUAGUAUUCUUGACAAUUUUAGGAUAUUUUUGGGUAUUUGGAAAUGAUGACUUUGAUUAUGGUAAUUGGUGAGGGUAACUUGCUUGGAGAACACAUCUCAAGACUUGCUUAGGCAAUGAUCAAAAGAAACAUGUAAUCUUUCUAGAUGGUGAAGCACUAAUUUGACCUUGGAAGCAAAUUAGUCAAAUAAAACUGGCAGCUGGUCUGCUUCUGGAAGAGACGAAGGUAGUAUGGACUCCUGCUUGAUGCUAUUCAGCAUUUUAGAGAACUGAAGCAAAUUGCUUGACAAGAAGCAAUACCCAAGAUCUCCCUCAUCUUAAAGAAUCGAGUAUUUAUAUUAUUUACUUGUACAGAUAUUUGCCAUCAUGUCAUGUCAGAUGUACUUAAACUUGAGAUGUUAUCUGGUGCUGUAUUAAAAUUCUUUUUCCCACUGGGCAUUUGAACAAUUUUCACACAUGAAAAUUACAUACUUUUAUUAUGAAGAUAAUGUCAGUCCUUGGUGAAUUCAAAUUUUCUCAAAUGUUUUAAGCAGUCAAAAAAAAUUUUACGAAAAGUGUUUGGGUGUUGUAUUAGUACUACGUGCACAUACACCCCUAUGUGACAGUGACAUGUAAAUAUGUAAGUGCAAUUGGAACUUAAAUUGUAUCAUCUCAUUAGCAGAGUAAUGUCAUCUGUAUUCUUUCAGUUGUAUAGGUAACAUCAUAAACAUGCUAUGUACCAAAUUCCUAGAUGUCUUUUUUAUGAAUAGAAAGUCAAUCACCAAGACAAAAGCCCAUUCUGCACUUCUCAAUAAAGAAAUUUGGCAGA